CUCGAAAUUUGACAGCUGGCUUGAAAAAAAUUUUUUUCAUGAUAAAUUACAAUCACAAGUGUGCAAACAAUUAUUUUCCUUCUCUUUCUCCCACUUUUCUUUCGAGAUCUUAACUAGUCAAAAUGGGUCGUAUGUAUACUUCUGGUAAGGGUAUCUCUAGCAGUGCCCUCCCCUACCGUCGCACUCCUCCCUCUUGGGUCAAGACUUCUUCUGAAGAAGUUGUUGAUAUGAUCUGCAAGAACGCCAAGAAGGGUCUCUCUCCCGCUCAAAUUGGUGUCCUUCUCCGUGACUCUCACGGUAUCCCUCAAGUCAAGUCCAUCACUGGUAACAAGAUCCUCCGUAUCUUGAAGUCCAACGGUCUUGCUCCUGAAGUUCCUGAAGACUUGUACCACCUCAUCAAGAAGGCUGUCUCCAUCCGUAAGCACUUGGAACGUAACAGAAAGGACAAGGACUCCAAGUACCGUUUGAUUCUCAUUGAAUCUCGUAUCCACCGUCUUGCUCGUUACUACAAGACUGCUGGUCAACUCCCUCCCACCUGGAAAUAUGAAUCUGCCACUGCUUCUGCUAUGGUUGCUUAAACAUAACUCCUGGUUCUCUGAGUUCAAGGAUCUCGAUUGCUUUCAAGAAACUGUAUCUUUUUCAAACAUGUUUAGAAAGUAUAUCAUUAAAAACUUGCUUUUUAUACUUUCCGUCUUUGGUCUUUUUGGUUUCGACAUGUCAGUACUUGUAUUGUUUCAACAUGUUCCCGCAUGCUUAGGAAAAGAGGUAAAAAAUACUGGUUGUAGAAUCUAGUGAUGACAGCAUAUAAUCUUUCAUAUCCUUGAUAUUCCAUGAAAGUUGUAUUCACACUGGCUGAGGAUUCCAUAAUCAGAAAGAAAAUUACUCUCUUGUAAAGCUUUAUGGACAUGCUUGAACAAUAUAGUGGUAUUUUUUUUUUUGAAUAUAGGGAAUGAUCUUGUUUAACGUAAAUAAAAGAUUCUUUUUUAUCUAAAA